AUGGCACAACCAGCACCAUCUUCUUCUUCUUCUCCUUUUACCUAUGAUGUCUUUCUGAGCUUUCAUGGAAAAGAUACUCGCUUUGGAUUUACUGGUAAUCUUUAUGAUAAACUCUGUCAAAGGGGAAUCCGCACCUUCAUUGAUGACGUGGAGCUUCCGAGAGGGGAUGAAAUCACACCAUCACUUAUCAACGCAAUUGAAAACUCGAGGACUGCCAUCAUAGUCUUCUCUAAGAACUAUGCAUCUUCCUCUUUUUGCUUAGAUGAACUUGUCAACAUCAUUGCCUGCAUCAAAGAUAAGGGUCGGUUUGUUUUGCCUGUUUUUUAUGACGUGGAGCCCUCUGAUGUGAGGCAUCAGAGAGGUAGCUAUGAAGAAGCACUGGCUCUUCAUGAGAAGAGGUUCAAGGAUGACACUGACAAUAAGGAGAAGCUGCAAAAAUGGAGGAUGGCUCUGCGUCAAGCAGCUGACUUGUCUGGCCAUCAUUUGAAACUUGGGGUUGGGUAUGAAUAUCAGUUUAUUGAGAAGAUCAUUAAAGAUGUCUCCAACAAGAUUAAUCCUGCUCCUUUACAUGUUGCGGAUUGCCUAGUCGGACUGGAAUCUCGAGUGCUGGAAGUAAAGAAGCUUCUGGAUAUCAGCUCCGACAGAGUUCACAUCGUAGGGAUCCAUGGAAUUGGGGGAAUAGGGAAAACAACGCUUGCAUGGGCAGUUUAUGAUUCAAUUGCUGUCUGUUUUGACAGUGUGUGUUUUCUGGAGCGUGUGAGAGAGAAUUCAAAUACAUAUCUCCAAAAGAUGCUUCUUUCUAAACUAACUGGAGAGAAGGAUAUUAUAUUUACAAGUGCCAGAGAAGGAAUUUCGGAAAUAAGAAAAAGGUUACGUCAGAAGAAGGUUCUUUUGGUUCUUGAUGAUGUUAACGCAUCAGAGCAGUUGCAUGAUUUGGUUGGAGAACCUAAUUGGUUUGGUCUUGGCAGCAGAGUGAUCAUUACCACUCGGGACAAACACUUGCUAGCAAGACAUGGGGUUGGAAAAACAUAUGAGGUAGAUGAGUUGAAUAAGACAGAAGCUCUUGAAUUGUUUAGGAGGAAUGCUUUCAAAAAUAAUGUAGUUCCUGGAAGUUUUGAGGAUAUAAUAAACCGUGCAGUAACUUAUGCUUCUGGCCUUCCACUGGCUUUGGAAGUAAUAGGUUCCAACUUGUUUGGAAAAAGUCUAAAAGAAUGGAAGUCUGCAUUAGAUAGGUAUGAAAGGAUUCCUAAUGAAGAGGUCCAAAAGAUACUUAAAGUAAGCUUUGAUGCUUUAAAGGAAGAUGAGAAGAGUGUUUUUCUUGAUAUUGCUUGUUGCUUCAAAGGUUAUCGACUGAUAGAGGUUGAAGAUAAAUUUCAUGCUCAUCAUGGUGACUGCAUGACAUAUCACAUUAGAGAGCUGAUUGAAAAGUCUCUCAUAAAGAUUAGUAAGGAUGACAAGGUGACACUACAUGACUUGAUAGAGGAUAUGGGUAAAGAAAUUGUUCGACAAGAGUCACCGAAAGAGCCUGGGAAACGCAGUAGAUUGUGGUUCCAUAAAGAUAUAGUUCAAGUUUUAGAAGGCAAUAUGGGAACGAGUAAUAUUGAAAUUAUAUAUCUGGUGGAUUUCCCCAAAUAUGAAGGAGUGAAUUGGAAUGGAAAUGCCUUCAAGAAGAUGACAAAUCUAAAAACACUUAUUAUUAGAAAUUGUCAUUUUUCGGAAGGUCCUAAACAAUUUCCAAAUUGUUUGAGAGUGCUGGAAUGGUGGGGGUUUACUAUACAGUCUUUACCUUCUAAUUUUCAUCCAAGAAGACUUUCCAUAUUCAGGUUACCAUAUAGUUCCUUAAUGUCACUCCAUUUGGCAAAGUCUCUGAAGCAAAUGGUGAAUUUAAGAUAUUUGGAUCUCUCCGGGUGUAACUAUAUAACAGAGAUACCUGAUGUAUCUAGUGUCCCGAAUUUAGAAGAAAUGUCAUUUCCAGGAUGCAUCAAUUUGAUCAAAAUUCAUGAAUCGAUUGGAUUCUUGGAUAAACUUAGAAUCUUGAAUGCUUUUGGUUGCAGAUCUCUUAAGAGUUUUCCACCUAUCAAGUUGACCUCUCUUCAAGAACUUCGUCUUUCAUAUUGCUCUAGUCUUGAGAGUUUUCCAGAAAUAUUAGGAGAGAUGAAAAAUAUAACAGAGCUUUAUUUGCAUGGUACUUCCAUAAAAGAAUUGCCAUUUUCAAUUCGGAAUCUUACUCGGCUACAAAAGAUAGAACUGAUCAAUAACUUUGAACGGGUCCAGGUGGAAGUUCUAAGUCUCAUUGUCGGGUUUCCAGAACUUGAGCAAUUGACCGUUGAGGAAUGUAAAGGGUUGCAAUUUUCUAAACAGGAUGAUAGCAAAGAAAAAGUGAGCUCAAACGUGAAACUUUCAUGGCUUCAUCUCCGAUGUUGCAAGAUAUCAGAUGACUUCCUUCGAACAGGUCUCACUUGGUUUGCCAACAUUAAAGAGUUAGACCUGUCUAACAAUAUUUUCACAAUUCUUCCAGCAUGCCUGAAGGAAUGUCACUUUUUGAAGCAACUUUUUUUGAACAGGUGCAUGCUUCUUCAAGAAAUAAGAGGGAUUCCACCCAACUUAGAAAUAUUCUUUGCAAUAGGAUGCAUCUCAUUGGAAGAAUUGGACCUCAAUGAAUGUCGCUUUUUGAGGAAUCUUAUCUUGGAUUAUUGCAAGAAUCUUCGAGAUAUUAGAGGAAUUCUGCGGAACUUGGAAUUUCUCUCUGCAAUAGAAUGCCCAUCAUUGACUUCCCAGUGUGCAAGCAUGUUAAUGAAUGAGGUUCCUAUUUUAUUACAUACCAGAGAUAAUGCAAUUCAUCUUGGAAUUUCUGUUACUCCGGUGUCCACUAUAACUAAUAAACCAGAACUGAUUUUGGGCAAGUUGGAAGAUAUAAACUCUUUGGUAUCUUCUCCGGUGUGUUUGGACUUACAUCUAACAGUUGCCGUCUGCUUUGCAGAGGACAUACCUGAGGGAGAGAGCUUAGUUAUGAUUAUAUUUGCUGCAAGGGAAGAAUUAUCAAAGUUGGGUGUAUCAGUUGCAACUGUGGUUCUCGACAACGCAUUUUGCAUACUUAAGUUCGAAGAUGCCAAUUCCAGCAGGAAAUUUCUGUGUCCUUUAAGAGAAACACAAGAAGAAUCCCUUGUUACAUGUAUCCAUGAGUACCAUGAUAAAGACUCUGCCGUACUUAUUGACUCUCAGAUUGCUUAUGAGUUAUUUGUAACUUUCCGAGGCCCAGAUACUCGCCACGGUUUUACUGGCUAUCUCUAUAAUGCUCUUCUUAACAGUGGAAUCCACACCUUCAUUGAUGACGAGAAGCUUCAGAAAGGGGACGAAAUCACACCAUCACUUCUCAAGGCUAUUCAACAGUCCAGGAUUGGUAGGUUGGUUUUGCCUGUUUUCUAUGACGUGGAUCCUUCUGAUGUGCGAUAUCAGAGAGGUAGUUACGGAGAAGCACUGGCUAAACAUAAGGAGAGGUUCAAGGAUAACAUGCAGAGGUUGCAUAGAUGGACAACGGCUUUGGAGCAAGUGGCUAACUUGUCUGGUUUUCAUUUCAAACAUGGGGAUGGAUAUGAGUACGAGUUUAUUGGGAGGAUUGUCAAAGAGAUUUCCGGCAAGAUUAAUCGUGCUCCUUUACAUGUUGAGGAUCACCCUGUUGGACUAGAGUCUAGAUUGUUAGAAGUAAAGGCGCUUCUAGAUCUUGGAUCAGAUGAUGGAGUCCACAUGGUAGGGAUAUAUGGUAUUGGCGGAAUCGGUAAAACGACAAUUGCUCGAGCAGUUUAUAAUUUGAUUGCUGACCAAUUUGAUAAUUUGUGUUUUCUUCAUGACGUGAGAGAAAAUUCAAUAAAACAUGGCUUGCAACAUCUUCAAGAGAUGCUCCUUUCUAAAAUUGUUGGAUUAAACAUUAAGUUAGGAGAUGUCAACGAAGGAAUUCCAAUAAUACAACAAAGAUUAUGUCGAGAGAAGGUUCUUUUGAUUCUUGAUGAUGUUGACACAUUGAAGCAGUUACAGGCUAUGAUAGGAAGACCGGACUGGUUUGGUCCGGGCAGCAGAAUCAUCAUCACGACUAGGGACAAAAAGGUCCUAGCAUGUCACGAGGUUAUAAGAACAUAUGAGGUGAAGGAGUUGAAUGAGAAAGAUGCUCUUGAAUUGCUUAGAUGGAAAGCUUUUAAAAAUAACAAAGUUAGUCCAUGUUACUUGGAUGUUUUAAAUCGUGCAGUAACUUAUGCUUUUGGCCUUCCAUUGGCUUUGGAAGUAAUAGGUUCCAACUUGUUUGGAAAAAGUGUAAAAGAAUGGAAGUCUGCAUUGGAUAGGUAUGAAAGGAUUCCUAAUGAAGAGAUCCAAAAGAUACUUAAGGUAAGCUUUGAUGCUUUAGAGGAAGAUGAGCAGAGUGUUUUUCUUGAUAUCGCUUGUUGCUUUAAGGGGUAUCCAUUGGUGGAGGUUGAAGAUAUACUUCAUGCUCAUCAUGGUGACUGCAUGACAUAUCACAUAGGAGUGUUGGUUGAAAAAUGUCUCAUAAAGAUUAGUUCUUGUGGUGAGUUGACACUACAUGACUUGAUAGAGGAUAUGGGUAAAGAAAUUGUCCGAAAGGAGUCAGCAAAAGAGCCUGGGAAACGCAGUAGACUAUGGUUCCAUGAAGAUAUAGUUCAAGUUUUUGAAGACAAUACAGGAACUAGUAAUAUUGAAAUGAUAUAUCUGCACUUCCCAAAAUUUGAAGAAGUAGUGAAGUGGGAUGGAAAGGCCUUCAAGAAGAUGACAAACCUAAAAACACUUAUUAUUAAAAAUGGUCAUUUUUCGGAAGCUCCUAAACAAUUUCCAAAGUGUUUAAGAGUGCUGGAAUGGUGGCGGUUUCCUUCACAGUCUUUACCAUCUAAUUUGCAUCCAACAAAUCUUGCCAUAUUCAGGUUACCAGGAAGUUCCUUAAUGUUACUUGAGUUGGCCAAGUUUUUGAAGAAGUUCAUGAAUAUAAGAGUUUUGGAUUUCAGCAAGUGUGAAUGUAUAACAGAGAUACCUGAUGUAUCUGGUGUCCCAAAUUUAGAAAAAAUAUCAGUUAAGGAAUGUGUGAAUUUAACUAAAGUUCAUGAAUCAGUUGGAUUCCUAGAUAAACUCAAAUUCUUAAAUGCUUUUGGUUGCCGCAAGCUUAGGAGUUUCCCACCUAUCAAGUUGACCUCUCUUAAAGAAUUGGAACUUUCAUAUUGCUCGAGUCUUGAGAUUUUUCCAGAAAUAUUAGGAGAGAUGGAAAAUGUUACAGAGCUUUAUUUGGUGGGAACUCCCAUAAAAAGAUUGCCUUUUUCAAUUCGAUAUCUUACACGGCUACAAGAGAUAGAACUGCAUUCAUGUGUAUGGGUUCAGAUAGAACUUCCAAGUAGCAUUGUCAUGUUAUCAGAACUUGAGCGGUUGUGUUUUGGGACAUGUGAUGGGUUGCAUUUAUCUAAACAAGAUGAAGGUGAAGAAAAAGUGAGCUCAAACAUGGAACGUCUUCAUCUCCAAGACUGCAACAUAUCAGAUGAAUUCCUUAGAAUAGGUCUCACUUGUUUUGCCAAUGUGAAACAGUUAGACCUGUCUGACAAUAGUUUCACAAUUCUUCCGGCGUGCAUCAAAGAAUGUCGCUUUUUGAGGGAACUUAAUUUAAAUAGAUGCAGGCUUCUUCAAGAAAUCAGAGGGAUUCCACCCAACUUGGAAUUAUUCCGUGCACAAUAUUGUACAUGUAACACCCCGUUCUAG